AUGACAACCAUUUGCGACCUCCCGGAAGAUGUCCUGGUGGAGCUGUUCUCGCAGCUCCCAGCCCGGGAUCUGGUCUGCACCUGGGGAUGUGAGUUUCCCAACAGUCAGGAUGUGGUGGACCUGGUCACCCUAUGGAAGCGCAAGUGCCAGCGUGAGGGGUUUUAUAUCCCAAGUUUGGACAGGAGCAUCUCUGACUGGAAGGCCUUCUAUAUGCUCUGCAACUUGAAGAGAAAUUUAAUCAAAAAUCCCUGUGCUGAAGAGAAUUUUCAGCACUGGAAAAUUGAUAAGAACAAUGGAGACAACUGGAAGAUUGAGAAACUACCUGGAGCUCAUGGAAGAGAGAUGCCAGACCCCAAAGUACACAAAUACUUUGUCACUUCAUAUGGGCCAUGCUUCAAGUCUCAACUCAUUACCCUGCAGAAAGAAGGAUAUUGGAAUCAGUUGAUGGAUGAGAAACGGCCUGAAAUUGUAGUAAAGGACUGGUAUGCUGCCAGAUUUGACUGUGGGUGCCGCUACGAAAUCACAGUGAGAUUGCUUUCUGAAGACUACAUUGUCCUUGAGGAGUUCCACCCCGAGCCAGUGGUUAUAGAGCAGUGGAGUGACGCAAAGUGGCACGAAAUGUCUCACACCUUCCAGAAUUACCCAGCUGGAGUUCGUUACAUCUGGUUUCAGCAUGGAGGCCAAGACACCCAAUUCUGGGCAGGAUGGUACGGGAUCCGAGUGACAAACAGCAGCAUCACCAUUGGCCCCCGCACAUUGUUUUGA